AGCGCCAGUCUCCCGCGAGCUUGCAACCCGAAAGGACGUGAGCUUUUAGCAGGAUAUCGUUCGCGCGCGCUUACCACGUGUUUCGUGAUAUUGAGAAAAAUGACUUGCUAACACUCGCAGCUUUUCGGCUGGAAAUUUUUUAUUUGCGCGGUUUGGAGGCACGAAUCGGGGGUUUUCAGGUGGAUGCUGGAAAAGGAAUGGCGCUAAGCAAAAACUACCGGUCAUGUGCUUAAAAACCUUUAAUUUGUUGUUGUACGACAAAAAUGUUGCGUUACAUACGUUUACGUUUGUGAUGUCUUCGCGGCGAUAAAACAAAAGUGAAAAAUGUGUGAAGAAUGGUUUUGAGCGCUAACAAAAUUAAUUACAAAGGAGAAACGGGAAUAAAUACGAAUUACUACGCGACACGUGACAAUACGAAUUGCCGUCAGUCUAAAUCGCCCCAGACGUAUAGUGACUCUUGGUACGUAAGGGAAACUACCACAUAUGGCAGCAGUUCGGCCGCGACGGUCGAUAAAGAACAGAGACAUUCCUGCUGGUGCUGGUCGAAGUCUGCAGGAGCGGCUGAACCCGCCAUGAGGUACACGAACGGCCCCCAGUCGGCGGCGAGCAUGGUGGCCUCCUACGGCGUCUACAACGACGCCACGCUCCGGGCCGACGAGGACGAGGACGGCUUCAUCCCCAGGGCGAACGUGUAUCCCGGCGUUGUGGUGAACGCAGCGGGCGAUAGUAGCGUCCUGCGACGAGGGCAGGAAGCGGCUCCUGCUGAAUCAUACUCGUGUGGUUGGUGCUUCGGCUCGAGGUCGACGACCACCACUCCUUCGAACAGGAACUCCUGCUUAAUCUCCUGGUGUCGGCCCACUAUCCUCCUGCUCAUUUUAGUCUUACUCGUUGUGGUUUUCGUAUUGGUCUCCGGGAUUCUACUAUACUUCAACUAUCUGAUGCACAAACCUCGACAGCACUACAUUGAAGAGCCCUGCGAGAAGACAUUCUGCGCUUGGGGGGCCCAGUGCAUCACCGGCCCCGACGGCAGGGCCAUGUGCCAAUGUCCAACCCAUUGCAAGCAGAAGGUCGACCUCGUCUGCGGAACUGAUGGAAAGACUUACGCUAAUCGCUGUCAACUUCGUGUGGCAUCUUGCAAAGCUCGACUUAACACCAGGGUUAAACAUGAUGGGGAAUGCGAACAAAACGAUCCAUGUAGAGACAAGCAAUGCGGUUUUGGGGCUCGAUGUGUGGUUUCCCCUGAUGGCCGCAAUGCCAGCUGUGUCUGUCCGGAUAAAUGCCCCAGCUAUGGAGAUCAUACCACCUCGCGUCCAGUCUGUGGAAGCGACGGGAUCGACUAUCGAAACCAAUGCGAGCUGCAAAAAGCCGCCUGCACUUCCAACACAAACAUCACCAUCAAGUUUCUCGGAAAGUGCGAUCCUUGUGCCGGAGUGGAAUGUGCAGAACCCGAAGUAUGCCAGUUGGACGAACAUCGCAAUCCUGUUUGUAGAUGUGGGGACAGUUGUCCUUUAGAAUUUACUCCGGUUUGCGGAUCGGACGGAAAAACCUACUCCAAUGAGUGCACGCUGCGGCAGGAAGCCUGCAGGGCCCGGAAAAACCUCCAUAUCAUAUAUCGCGGAAAAUGCAGCUCAGGCAUAAACCCGUGCAUGAGCGUGCGGUGCACCUUAGGGGAGGAAUGUGCGAUAAAUAAAUUCGGCAUCGCCCGCUGUCAAUGCCCGCCGUCUUGCGAGCCUAUCAUGAGGCCCGUUUGUUCGAAAGACGGCCGAACUUUCCCAUCUGAAUGCGAAUUGAAAAGAACGGCUUGUCUGACUCGGACCACUAUUGAGAUAUCUUACAGUGGCGUUUGCGGGGAGAAAGGCCCGUGUAGCGAGUACCAGUGUCAAAAUGGAGCGACCUGCGUCGAACGAUUCGGUGUUGCCCACUGCGAGUGUCCCGUCUGUCCGGCCGAAUUCGAACCCGUCUGUGGAUCCGACGGUAUUUCGUAUGGCAACGAAUGUAAGCUAAGACUGGAAGCUUGCAAGCAUCCGCGCAAUAUUACAGUCCUUUACGACGGUCCUUGUAACGGUUGCGAGACUAAAAAAUGCGAUUUUUACUCCGUUUGCGAGCGCGAUAGUGCAACUGAGGGACGUUGUGUUUGCCCCAAGUCAUGUACGGACCCUGAGCUCAACGACGGAACGGUUUGUGGAACAGAUGGAGUGACUUACGCAAACGAAUGCGAACUUCGCAUGACCUCUUGCAAAAUGAAGCAGUUCAUUUUGGUCGCGUAUAAGGGAAACUGCGAUCUAUGUCAGGGAGUGGAAUGUAAAUACGGGGGUAGAUGCGAAGCGGGCAAAUGCGUAUGUCCGACGAAUUGCGAAGGUUCCGGCGAUGAGCCGGUGUGUGCAUCAAACAUGAUGACGUUCCCCAACGAGUGCGAAUUGCAGAAAGCGAUGUGUUUACAGCCGACAAAUUCUCCCCCCUUGAGCGUAGUGUUCUAUGGCGACUGUCGCGAGAAAUUCCCAGUAGCAGGAUCUCUCAGUACAACUCUUUCCCCCUUCACGGCUCAAACUAACAACAUCGGCCCGGGCACGGAUCUAGACACUGUCGGUCCGGAGAAUACAAUUCCAGACUUAUCGACGGUCGAGAAAGAAGCCUGCCGUGAUAUUCAUUGCGAUUUCGAAGCCACGUGCGAGUUAGGUCCAGACAACUUCCCACGUUGCACCUGUCAGUUCGAUUGUGCCAGUGCCGCACUCGUCUCUGCCUCGAAACCAGUAUGCGCCUCCGAUUUGCAAAUCUAUCCUUCGCUUUGCGCUAUGAAGAUGGAAGCGUGUCAAAGGCAGGAGGAGUUGCGGUUGAGGCCACUCGAUCUCUGUCAAGGAAUGGAGGUAAAACCAUGCAAUGGCGAAAAACCAUUAACAGACCCCCUCACAGGAAAGGAAUUAGAUUGCGGAAGCGGCCCGAAAAGACAAGAUUGCCCUUCCGGCAGCUACUGCCAUCAAACCACGCGGUUUUCCCGUUGUUGUCCAAAAGACCAGGGCCUUUUAGAGCAAAAGAGCUGCGAGGAUAGCUGGCACGGGUGUUGUCCUGACGGAAAAACCGCCGCCCAAGGCCCUAAUCACGCCGGAUGUCCUUCCCUCUGCGGCUGCAAUAAACUCGGCUCAUAUUCCGACACGUGCGAUCCCGAAACGCAACAGUGUCGGUGUAGACCGGGCGUAGGAGGUGCCAAAUGUGAUCGAUGCGAACCUGGAUAUUGGGGUUUACCGAAAAUCUCCUCCGGCUAUCACGGUUGCAUCCCGUGCGGUUGUUCGACGUUCGGCUCCGUGCGAGACGAUUGCGAGCAGAUGACGGGGAGAUGUGUGUGCAACCCGGGGGUGCAAGGCCAAAAAUGCACAGUAUGCACCAGCCAUGACAAGGUCUUAGGACCGAACGGGUGCGUACCAGCGGAUCUGACUACGUCGCCCCCGACGACGUGCAAAGAAUUGACUUGUUAUUUUGGAGCAACAUGCGUCGAACGGGGUGGAUUUGCUAUAUGUGAAUGUCAUACCGAAUGCCCUCAAGAAAAUGACGCUCAAGUCGUGUGUGGAAGUGACGGACAGACGUACGCGUCGGCGUGCGAGUUGCGACAAGUCGCAUGUCGGACGCAAAAAGAUAUAGUCGUCCAAGCGUUCGGGACGUGUAAAGAUGAUAUGUUUCCAAGUACGGAUUGGCCAAUUCGUCGUUAUACUCCUCUCCAGUUUACACAACCCGACGAUUCUAAUUCGCCUUUAUCAAAAUCGACACGACAUUUACUAGUUCCCGAUCCUCGUUACUACUACGGGAGCAGCGGAUCUAUUAUGCGACCCGUUCAAGGAGUCUCUUAUCCCGCUGAAACAGAUAAUAAAGCCGCAUUCGAAAUAAACGUAUCUGCUACAGGACCUAACGCCAUUUACAAUACCCGCGGUGGAAACUACGCCCCGGCUUACCGUCCGACCCCCGCAACCGUUCGCGUAAUAACAGCCCUUCUCGGGGAUCUCUGUUCCGAUAACUCCGAUUGCAUGAUAAUGUAUAGCCACUGCGUAUCAGGAGCGUGCACUUGUCUUCCGAAUCACUCUGAAUCGUCCGACCGACAAGAGUGCAUAGCUGAUCCGAAUCCGACCGAUGAAUAUCGUGCAUGUAGCUCAUCCCCCUGUCAUCAUGGUAGCACUUGUGUUGAUCUUCCCGCCGCCACGUUCACUUGCGUUUGCGAGACAAACUUUACGGGGUCUCUUUGCGAAACCGAAGUCAUUCACAAACAAUACAACACUCCAGCUUUCCAUGGGCGUUCUUACGUCAAACUCAAACCUCUCAAAGCCUACCACAAACUUAGCAUCGAAGUCGAGUUCAAAACGCAUUCCCACGACGGAUUGCUGCUCUAUAACCAGCAGAAACCUGACGGGUUGGGCGAUUUCGUUUCUCUUGCCAUCGUCAACGGAUUUGUCGAAUUCAAAUACAAUCUAGGCAACGGACACGUUCUUAUCCGUUCAGUCGACAAAAUACAGCUCGGCGUCUUCCACCGAGUCGUCAUUAAGAGAUAUCACAGAGACGGAAUACUCAAACUUGAUGAAGGGGAAGACGUGGCCGGACAGGCCAAAGGCACACUCAAAGCUCUCGAUUUACUUGAAGAUACAUACGUCGGAUUUCUACCCUCUAACUACACAAGAGUUUACGAAAAUAUCGGCACCGCGAAGGGUUUUCGGGGCUGCAUCAGAAAAUUAAAAAUUGGACGAAGACCGAUCGAGCUGCACGUCAACAGAGACGAUUGGGUCUUGGGCGCUGAGGCGGUAUCCGAGUGCGGUGACAGCCCCUGCUCGGCGGCGCCCUGUGCCAACGACGCCAAGUGCGCCCUAAUUACACCUGAAACGUACCGAUGCGAAUGCGGCCCUCAUUAUCGGGGCGAGUUCUGCGAGAAGCCGAUCGAGCCUUGCAGAUCCAACCCUUGCAAAUUCGGAUCGACGUGCACGCCACUCAGCCCCGACGCUUACAUCUGCGAAUGUCCACCUGGACGGACCGGAACUCGGUGCGAAAUGGUUUGUUCUGUUUCAGAAGAUAAAUAUAUGGGUAUAGUAAAUCCGGAAUUUAGUGGGUCAAGUUAUAUCCGACUUCCUCGAUUAGAGGGUGUUAGGAAGACGUUUUCGAUUGAGGUGUAUUUUAUGCCAAAGGCAGCAAACGGUCUGAUAUUGUAUAACGGGCAACUGAAGAAUGGCCGCGGUGAUUUUAUUUCGUUGAACUUAGCACGUGGUCAUUUACAAUUUAGAUUCAAUUUGGGAAGCGGAAUUGCGAAUUUAACAACUAAAGAGACUGUAAAUAUUGGGAAGUGGCAUUGGGCCCGUAUUUUCCGAGACGGACGAGAAGGAAUUUUACAAUUGGAUAAUUCUAGCAUAGUUCGUGGUUAUUCCGGCACGCCACUAACAGAACUUAAUCUGGAAUUGCCGUUCUACAUCGGAUCUUUAUCGGAGUGGGAUGAAGUGCAUCGUUUAUCUGGCGCAUCUAAGGGAUAUAAGGGCGUAAUACAAAGGAUUCUCCUAAAUGGAAAACCCCUUCCCAUUUCGGCUAAAUUGCCGGAUUGCUCUUUUGAUUCUAAUAGAAACGGAUGCGCAUUCAAUGUCGGCUCAUAUGACGGAUUACCAUGUCCCAUUUCCAAAAAUCCUUGCCUAAAUAACGGCCUAUGUGUACCAGAACUCGAUCAGUUUAUAUGCAAAUGCCCUUCUAACACAAAGGGAAAAUAUUGCGAGAUAUCUCAAGAAGAAACCCCCGCUAUUAAAUUCAACGGUGCCACUUUUCUCCAAUUUAGGAACAGAGGAUACAGAAGUCACAAUUUAACAAUAAGUGAUGAAUAUCCCGACAACGAAGAGGACGAUAUUGACAAUAUUGAAGAAGACGUCGUCGAUAAUAACACUUACGACGCUUACGACGACGAAGAAUACUACUUCGAUUUUUACGAUACCGCUAGACGAAAACCGGAACGUGGCAACAGAUACGAAAUCAAAUUGCGCACCUUUGCCAGCGACGCUCUUCUCUUGUGGAGGAGUAAAAGUAGAAGUAUAAGAGAAGACUAUUUUUCUAUAGCUGUUGUUAAUGGUUACCCUGAAAUUAGUUAUAAUUUAGGCAAGCAAGAUGUCUUCUGGGCAAUCAGAUCGAAGACGAAAAUCGACGACGGCAAGUGGCAUACAAUCCAAGUAAGGAGACGGAAACGAGUAGGUUUUAUAUCAAUCGACGGGGAGCCGCCUAUUAAGGGCCUCUCGAAAUACGGUGCCAUUUCACUGAGAACGAAUUCUAAAUUAUGGAUAGGUGGUACGGCGAAUCUGCCCCAAGGCCUACCUUCGGCGUACUACAAAGGCUUCGAAGGAUGCAUCCAACAUAUUUUAGUUAACGCAAAACCCUUAGAUAUGGUUUCAAAUAAUGAAUUAAAUAAAGUUAACUUCUGCCACGAUAACGAAAUUUAAAUGAUGUAAAUUAUGUUGCACGGCGCAAUAUUAAAUAAUUUAAAACUGUGAGACUGAUAUAUUGUACUCCUCAAUUUUCCAUUUACAGAAUUUAGCUUAGAGAUGAUGUUGUAUAUAAAUGUACUGUUAAUAAAUUACAGCAGUUUUAUGUAGCAACUUUGAAACAUUGGCUGCCAGUACAAUAAUUACCUACUAACAUAUCAAACGGGAAGUUUUUACUUAAUUUUUCAAAUGUCUUCAGUUGUAAGCAUUAGAGACUGGAAACAUUGGAGCCAAUUAAAAGUGUACAAAUAUUUUUUGUUCCUAGUAGUUGUAAUUUGGAUUAAAACAUAUCUUUCGAAGUUGGCAGUCAAUGUAUUAAAUAGACACGGUAAAUAGGAGUGUUUUUACAAAGCUGUUUGUAUCUAGUCUUGUAUUUAUUUCCGAAUUAGGUCUUGGAUUUUGUAAAGGACGACGUAAAACCUGCCAUUUCUAAGUUCUCGUGGACUGACACUUUAUCGAUAGUUGAGGCUUUAAUUUGAUACUUAUAAUGAAUGCUUAAAUAAGAAAUGUGGACUAAAAUUGUUUGUAUGGCCAAUGUUGAAAUUUAUUAUCUUGAAAAUGUUUAGAUGUUACCCGAUUCCAGUAACAACUGUGUGAACUUCAUAUCUGUAACUACUGAUUAAGUCGAAUUACUUGUUUUCUGGCAAUAAUUUUUAUGGUACAUAAGAGGAGUUAAUAUGCUUGUAUGUUAUGUAAAUAGCCAAUACGAAAUGAUAGUUAUUUUAGGUAAUGUUAAUUUAUAGUAAAAAUUUUAUUACGUAAUGAAUAGAUUGAUGAGCUAAAUUAAUUAUAAUGAUAAGUUUUGUUUAGUAUACUGAUUGUUUCUAUUGUAGACCUCUGUACUAUAAAUGCUACAAAAUAUAUUUUUUUCCUACUA